AAAUUAAAAAGUCAAUCUGUUCAGCACGACUCGUCACUCGUGGUAGUGUUCUUCAUUCUUCCCGAUGAAAAACAGCUGAAGCCGGAAUAGUUUCCGUAACUCCUUUAAAGUUUUAAUAGGCUUCGAAGGGAAUAACUGUAAACAUGAUGGGGCUAGCGUGUUUAACGAGCAAAAGGGCUCCAAAAGAGAAGGAUAGUUGGUGGUCAUUUCUCGUGUGUGUAUCAGCAAGUAUUUCCACCAUAAUAAUUCUCGGCUUCAGUCAUUGCUUUGCUGUGGUUAUGCCGGUAUUACUGAAUUAUUUCAACGACUCCAGACAGAAAAUAGCGUGGGUUGGCUCCAUCACUCAGUGUCUGACCUUUUUCGCAUCACCGCUGGCCGGACUUCUGAUUGGCAAGCUCAGCUUUCGUGUUACCGCUGUCCUCGGUUCGCUGACGUGCUGCAUCAGCCUCGUUCUUACGUCAUUCACCAAAGCCUCCCUGCAUAUCUUCUUUUCCUAUAGCGUGCUGUACGGACUGGGCAGCUGUCUCUUCUACAUGUCAUGCGUGUACGCGGUGGCCGAGUACUUUGAAAAGAGAAGAGGUCUGGCGCUAGGUUUCUUAACAUCCGGGAUAUCUGUUGGCGUUUUGGCCCAGGGGCCUGUGCUUCAAGUGUUGCUCGAUGCGUACGGAUGGCGUAUUACUUUCCGGAUUAUGGCAGGUGUGGUGGGUCUUGCUCUCUUCCUCGUACUGACCUUUGACCCGAAUGUACAAAAUGCAACUGCACGUGUUCCGGUCGAGAUAUCAGAGGAGCAAACAGAUGACUUCACCAAACCACAGCAGUCACGUGGCAAGUGCGCGCUCGUUUCCGAGACCCUUAGGACGCCUGCCUACAUCAUCGCACUCGUGACACUGACGCUGGAGACGCUCACCGCAUUCGUCUCUUACGUCCACUUGGUCAAAUACUGCAUGGAGUCAGGCAUCCCAGAGAAGGAUGCGUCUGAACUGUUCAUUUUCAUCGGCGCCUGCGCACUAGCAUCUUCCAUAGUCAGUGGCCGUGUCCUAGACAUCAAGUCCCUCAACCCUUUCUUUGUCAAUCAAUUUGGCGCUGUUUCCAUGGGGAUGAGCAUGGUGCUGUUACCGCUGGCCACACAGUACACGCACUUCGUGAUAUUCUCCGUGUUUCUUGGGCUUGGAAUUGGGUGUUGCGUGACAACCUUGAUCGUAUUGGUGCUUGAGACAGUGAGGGAGGAGCUUAGAGUGGUGGCUUAUCCGAUUGGUCAGUUUGUGACGUCUGCUGGCAAUGCCGCUGGAGCUCCGCUUGCUGGUUUCAUAGCAGAUCUGUACGGGUCUUACGACCCUUCCUAUUACACUGCAGGCAGCAUCAUGCUGUUAGCGGCAUUUGUACCUCUGCUCCAGUACUGCUUCAAGCCCUGGAGGCAGACAAAGCAUCAGCAAAAAUCUACAAAUGGAAGCCUUUUAGAGGCCGAGAAAGACAACGAUGAACAAGCCAUGACUAAAAUAUGAUGAUCAAUCUCACAUAGGAGUUUGCUCAGCUAAAAGGGAUGUUUGCAAGUGUCUAGAAAAAGGAGAAUGAUAUUUAGUUAGAAUAUGUUUUAAUCUCUUAAGAGAUUGGGGAAGACCAUAGAGAUUUGGGGGGAAGACCAUAAAAAAAGUCAGGAAAAUAAGUCCCACAGUUUGAAACAUAAUUCAAGUGAUCAGAAAUUUCAAAAUGGGAGUCAUAUAUUUUGUACAUGGAGAUUUUAUUUUUGGAGGCAAUCGAUCUCAAGUGCUAUUCGCUUCGUCAAUCAUCAAACCCUUAAUUACAAUACUUGCUAAUACUGGGGUGUUUGCACACCGGCCCAACUUCGGCCCGUGCUUGCGACCCGUGCAAACAGAGUUAGCAUUGCUGGGCCGAAGUUGGGCCGGUUUGAAAACAGCCCCAACAUGUGAAAAAAAAAUCCGUUGUUUCCUUUAUUUGUAAAUCCGGUAAUAUACUUCUUUUAAACUGACAGGAUUAUUUUGCUCCUUUUUUUGGAUAUGGGAGUUCUGUUAGCCCAAUACUGCUGUGUCCCUGAGCUAACAGUCCCAGUAAAGAUGUGCUUGGCUCGGCUGACCACGAGACAAAAAGUUAGACCUCGCUAAACCUUUCGCCAACACUCGCUAGCAUCUCCCAUCACGGUGUUCAAACAACACCAGACUGCUGGGUCAACGUCUCUCCAGCAAUGCUGAUGCUGAUGCACAGGGCCCGGGGGGGGGGGGGGGGGGGGGGGGUUACUCCCUAUAUCCAUCGGACAGGGAUCAUCGUCGUAUCUUUUUGGGUGUAAAUUUGGAGCCUUGGGUAUUUUUUAGGGGCGGAAAUGAAAAUGCCCAGAUUAUAGGGUAUCUUUUAGGGUGCUAUUAUAGCCAUCACUCAUCUAACUUGUAGCUCAUGAAAGAGCGUUAAAACGUUUCAAUCGGUGUUUUUAGAUCACAACCCACGGGACGAUAAUUGAUCGCGAGCUUAACAAUGAUCUGAUUGUUUUGUUUUUAUUACAAAUUAUUUACGUUUGUUUGAGGUAUCUUUUAGGGGGUAAAUUUAUGCCCAAUCACGUCUACUUUAGUAUCUUUUAGGGUUGUUUUAAAAAAGUCCCGACGAUGAUCACCGUCCGUUUGAUAUCGGAGUACCCCCCGGUACCUUAAGAAUUUAGUUCGUUUCCGAAUGUUGAGUGUUUGGUUGGAGAGUCCCUAUUUAAAGUGUUUGUAUAAAAGACCUAUUUAUUUCAACACUGUCAGGUUAAGAAACUUUUUAGUUCCUACAGGCACAUUAGGCUCAAUUUCCAGCUCGUUUCUUCGAGACUACAAUACAUGCAAGGAAAUAUAGCCAAGCUUGUGGUUGAUUAAAAUAAUGAGCUAGGUCUGCAAGUUUGACAUUUUUAUGAAAUGUGAUGUGAUACACUUUGAGAAAUUAAAAAUCGUAUUCCCUUAUCCCUAAA